UACACCUUAUUUUUCAAUACUGGAUUUGCAGGGUGAAUAGCUGGCCUUAGGCAACUGACCACAGUACCAGCCCAGUAUCUGAAUUAAAAUUUAAAGUAUAUGUGGUAUCUCUAUGCAAUCCAGUUCAACAGGUUACCACACCCUUUCAAGAGAACCAUUAGAGUCCAGUUACGUUCUUGCACCUGAAUUACAUUUGGGACCAAGUCCUUUCCCUGGUAAAGUCCAACACAUGAUACAGAUCCCAACUGCACUUCAGUUUGAGAGAAACAAUGGAAGGUGUCACAGAGUCUCCACCAAUAGGUCUCAAACCGGCCAAGUUCGAGGUGCCAGACAUUAUCGUAGUGGUUAUUUAUUUUGCCUUCGUCAUUGGAGUUGGGAUAUGGUCUUCUGUACGUGCCAGUAAAGGAACAGUCGGGGGAUAUUUCCUUGCUGGGAGAUCAAUGACAUGGUGGCCUAUCGGAGCCUCGCUGAUGGCCAGUAAUGUUGGCAGUGGUUUAUUUGUUGGGAUGGCUGGAUCGGGAGCCGCCGGUGGAUGGGCUGUUGGAGCUUUUGAAUGGAAUGCAACGUGGGUGCUGGUUGCACUUGGGUGGAUUUUUGUGCCAGUUUACAUCGCCUCUGGAGUGGUCACUAUGCCAGAGUACCUGAAAAAACGCUUUGGGGGACGCAGAAUACGACUUUAUAUGUCUGUGCUGUCCCUUAUUCUCUACAUAUUCACCAAAAUCUCUACCGAUAUCUACUCUGGAGCGCUCUUCAUCCAGGUCUCCCUGGGAUGGAACAUUUACUUGUCCACAGUUUUGUUACUUUCUGUGACCGCUAUAUACACUGUUGCUGGUGGGCUGACAGCAGUUAUAUACACGGACACCUUGCAGACUGUGAUUAUGGUGAUUGGAGCCUUUGUUCUCAUGUUUAUUUCAUUUAAUGAGAUCGGCUGGUAUCCAGGACUGGAAAAGAAAUACAUGGAGGCUAUCCCUAAAAUAAUAGUUCCUAACACAACUUGCCACCUGCCCCGUGCAGAUUCCUAUCACAUGUUCAGAGACCCAAUCACGGGGGAUCUGCCCUGGCCAGGACUGAUGUUUGGUCUGACCAUAAUCGCCACGUGGGUGUGGUGCACUGACCAGGUGAUUGUCCAGAGAUCUCUUUCAGCCAAGAACAUGUCUCAUGCUAAAGGGGGCUCAAUUGUUGGGGGCUAUUUGAAAAUACUGCCUAUGUUUUUUGUCGUUAUGCCUGGCAUGAUCAGUAGAGCUCUCUACCCAGAUGAAAUUGGCUGUGUUGAUCCUAAAGAGUGCAUGAAAUUUUGUGGGAUUGAAGUCAGCUGCUCAAACGUGGCUUAUCCUAAACUGGUCAUUACGCUAAUGCCUGUAGGUAUGAAGGGAUUAAUGAUAGCUGUAAUUAUGGCCGCACUCAUGAGUUCUCUGACAUCCAUCUUCAAUAGUGCAAGCACCAUAUUCACACUCGACAUUUGGCUACGAAUACGCAGGAAGGCCAAGGAACAGGAACUGAUGAUCGUGGGCAGAGUCUUCAUUGUUAUUCUUGUAGCAAUAAGCAUCCUGUGGAUUCCCAUAAUUCAAGCUGCAAACAGUGGCCUUCUUUUUGACUACAUGCAGUCUGUCACAAGCUACCUAUCGCCACCCGUCACUGCCAUAUUUAUUCUAGCUAUUUUUAUUAAGCGAGUCAAUGAGCCAGGUGCUUUCUGGGGUCUGGUUAUUGGACUCGUGGUUGGUUUGAUUCGUAUGAUCAUGGAUUUUAUCUACACAGCUCCGACAUGUGGUCAGGAGGACACACGGCCAUCUGUGCUAAAGGACGUUCAUUAUCUGUACUUUGCUAUGCUUCUGUUUGGCCUUACAUGUAUUGUCUGCAUUGUUGUUAGUCUUUUUACCCCGGCCAUUCCAGACCAUGAACUAGGACGAAUGACAUGGUGGACCAGAAACCGUGUCAACCAGAAUGAUGAUCUAGAAACCUCUCUGGAAAAGUCACCAGAGGUUACUGAUGGCCCUCCUGUCUAUACCAUUGACAAACAGCCAGGAGACCCAGAAGAAAUCAUGGAAGGUUUCCAAAAUGAUUCUCACUCAGAUGACAAAGUGCAGAUUGAUGAAGGUCAUCAUUCUUGUUGGAAGAAAGUGUAUUACUGGUUCUGUGGUCUAUCUCUCCAUCCUGUAGCCCAGUUAUCCAAGAAAGAGCAGCUCAUUCAGCAGAACAAGAUGACCAAUAUAGAAGAAGAGCCUUUCUGGAAAAGGUUUUGUGAUAUUAAUGCCUUGAUAUUGCUUGCUAUCAAUGUUUUCCUUUGGGGUUAUUUUGGUUAAAAGAAAACUUGUCAAAUCUUAGAAGAAA